AUGGACUACAUCCUCACGAACGAAUUUGAAGGCCGUGCGGAACAUCUCAUGAACACAUUCCACGUCCCGGGCAUCAGCGUCUCGACGACCACCGCCGAAAAGACCGUUUCCAAAGGGUUCGGCCGAGCCGACAUCGAGGGCCGCCGAGGAGUGACAUCUCGGACCAUCUUCGAGUCCUCAUCGGCCAGCAAGUGCCUGACUGCUGCUGCCGCGGCGACACUGGUUGCCAAGGGCCGCCUGGAAUGGACCACUCCCGUUCGAAGCAUCCUCCCCGCCUUUCGCCUCCAAAACGAGGUCGAGGCCACGGUUCAGGACCUCCUGAGUCACAACACCGGCAUCCCGAACCAUGCGUUCAGCCUGAUGGAUUGGACGGCGAGGAAGCCAGACACCCCCAUCUCGGUCGCGGCAAAAGUUUGUCACCUGACGCCCGGGACCAGACGGGACGCCUACAGCAACCCGAUGUACACGACGGCGUCGUUCUUGAUCGAAGCUGUCUCAGGGGAGAAGUUCGCGUCGUACCUGACCGCGAACGUCCUCGAACCGCUCGGAAUGAAGUCGACGUAUGUCCAGCCCGACGCCGUGCCCGCCGCCAAACGGCAACGCCGCGCCGGGCAAUACGCGUGGCUGUGCAACACCUCCACCUUCACACCGGAGGACACCCCCGACAAGCCGGAAUGUCAAGGCGCCAGCAUGAUGCAGAGCUCGACCGAGGACUAUGCCAGGUGGCUGCGUGCCAACCUCGCCCGCGACCCCGCGCUCUUCGAGUGCCCCGAGAUGUAUGCGGCCCUCAUGGAGCCGCGCACGAAGAACAACAACGCCAGACAACGCCCCCACUCGGGCCACGACGCCUUCUCCCUCGGCUGGAACGUCCGAGAGUACCGUGGGCGUCGCGUCUUGUACCAAGACGGUCGCACGGGCCGCGCAAUGCUCGUGCCCGACGUCGAGGAGCCGUUCGGGAUCGUCAUCUUCGGCAACAGUGCCGGCGCCGAGGACGUGGCGGAGGUCCUGUGCAUGGAGCUCAUCGACCGAUCCCUCGGCGUCCCACACGCCUCGCUCGGCCACUGGGAGCCUCUGCAAAAGGCGAUCGCGAAUGCCCGCCCGCUAGAUGGCCUUUCAUUGGAGCAAGUGAAAGAAGAAGCACGAACGUCGUGCGUUGGACAUUUGCUCAAUGAUCCCGACGUUGCAGACGACAACAACAACAGCAGCAGCAGCAGCAACCCAUCAUGGCAGUCUACCACGACGACACCAUUCCCACUAACAGAUUACACGGGCCGAUUUCGAAACAAGGCGUACGGUGACAUCUGGCUCAGCACCAUUCAGACGCAUCCUCUUCGUUCGAGGCCACGACCAGCAGCAGCAGCAGCAGCAGGAGCAGAAGCAGGAAAUGGCGCGGCGGCAGCCACCCGGCGGCCCAUCGAAGCCACGACGCUCCAACUGAUCGCACACGACCGGACCGAGCCGUUCACGCUGACGCUCGAGCCUUGUGGCUACUGCGACUGUGACCGCCACGAGGGGACCAUGACCAAGUUCGUGGCCGUCCGGACCCAAGGUCGAAAGAAGGUCGAUUGCAUCCGCGUCGAGGCCUCGACGAGUUAUGACCCGGUCGGUGGUGGCCCGGGAUCGGACGUCCCCCCCACCGAAGUCGUCGACCCCGAGUGGCACUAUCGGCCGAACAUCAAGCGGAUGGGUCUGGACUUUGAACGGGAGAUUGGUUUCCCCGGCUUGGUGUGGUUCCAGAGAGCGUCGGUCAUGGACGUGAGUGACAGCGACAGCGACAGCGACAGCGAGGACGAGGACGAGGACGAGGAGGAUGAGGAGGAGAAGAAGAAGAGAAAGAUGUGGACCGAGUACGAGUCCGACAUGCUUAAGCGGAUGCCGCCUGAAUUCAGAAGUUGCCUGCGUGGAGGCGGAGAUAUGAAUAUUCCGGGCAUCUCAUGA